GCGUGGUAAUCGCUCUGUGAAUUGGCUUGUUUCGGAUGUAAAUAAUACGAAAUGAGAGCGUUAAUAUUUUGAAAAAACAAAAAAUGUAUAAUAAUAAUAAUCUGCUCACCCCUACAGGCGGUAGGAAGAUCUUGUAGUGUUGUUGUUACAUCAGGUCUUUGUCAGUAUUAUCAAAGCUGGGAAGGGAGUGAAACGCUUGGAGGACCAUGAGUGAGCUGGAGCAGUUGCGGCAGGAGGCAGAGCAGCUGCGCAAUCAGAUCAGGGAUGCCAGGAAAGCAUGCAACGACUCCAGCUUGUCCCAGAUUACAGCUGGUCUGGAUUCAGUUGGAAGGAUCCAGAUGAGAACGAGGCGGACACUCCGAGGCCAUUUAGCCAAAAUCUACGCCAUGCAGUGGGCUACUGAUUCUAGGUUACUAGUUAGUGCCUCACAAGAUGGCAAACUCAUCAUUUGGGACAGCUACUCCACAAACAAGAUUCAUGCCAUUCCAUUAAGGUCAUCAUGGGUGAUGACUUGUGCCUACGCUCCCUCAGGGAGUUACGCAGCCUGCGGAGGCCUGGACAACAUCUGUUCCAUCUAUAGCCUUAAAACCCGUGAGGGCAACGUCAGAGUCACCAGAGAACUUUCUGGACACACAGGUUAUUUGUCAUGUUGUCGCUUUCUGGAUGAUAGUCAGAUAGUCACCAGCUCUGGAGAUACUACAUGUGCUCUGUGGGACAUUGAGACCGGUCAGCAGACCACCACAUUUACAGGGCACACUGGAGAUGUGAUGAGCCUGUCCCUUAGUCCAGACUCUAGGACCUUUGUGUCAGGUGCCUGUGAUGCAUCCUCCAAAUUGUGGGACAUCCGAGACGGAAUGUGCAGACAGUCUUUCACCGGACAUGUUUCUGAUAUAAAUGCUGUCAUUUUCUUCCCGAAUGGUAAUGCAUUCACUACGGGCUCAGACGACGCCACUUGUCGUUUGUUUGACCUUCGCGCAGACCAGGAACUGAUGAUGUAUUCGCAUGACAACAUUAACUGCGGCAUCACCUCUGUGGCCUUCUCUAAGAGUGGCCGUCUGCUGCUCGCUGGCUACGAUGACUUCAACUGCAAUGUAUGGGAUACUCUAAAGGGAGAGCGUGCAGGUGUUCUAGCUGGGCAUGACAACCGGGUCAGCUGUUUGGGGAUAUCAAGUGACGGCAUGGCUUUGGCCACCGGUUCUUGGGACAGCUUCCUUAGGAUAUGGAACUGAUCUCACUGGGUUGUACUUUUUGGAGCCACUCGUUCUGAUCAUACAAUCACUGUAGUGCACCGCUGACACACAGGACCCUUCCCCCUCCAUCUCCUCCUUAUAGAAGACCUAGUUUCUUCAUCAUCUUUUCUUUCUUAGACCGUAUUUUCCCACCAUCCUGCAAGAGGUGAGGAUAUUGAAGAGCCUUCCCUGGCUCUCUGUCUUUUGGGAUUCACGUAUGACUCAAGGUGGUGAACAGGCUUUGUUGUGUAUAUAUCUGCCAUUCUUUGUGCUUGUAUGUAUAACAUAUACACUUCUGACAGUGUUUGGGUGUCCUGGUGUGUGGAUACUCGUGAUGGAUGUCUUCACUAUCCCCGUUUUCUUUUCCUGCUUAUUUUUAUUUUCUUUGUCCCCAGUCACAGUGGUAUUUGCCACACAGUGGCCAGUGUUAUUAACUAAGGGAUUAGACUGCCACAGUAUUGUAGGCCAUCAGUGUUUGACCGUUGACCUUAAUUUAGUUCGCAUUAGGAAGCAUCAGUGUUGAGUCUGUUGUGUCAUAAAUGGUUCAGGCUCAGCUUGCUAACGUGUAGUUGUGAGAGAAACACUGACGUCACUGAGCUUGUCUGCUAUCCUCUAAGCUUGACCGUAAUGUUUACCGUGUUUCAGUGUAUUAAAAACUGUAUUGCAGUCUGCACAGAAGGAUUUACCAUCAGCCUGUCUGUCCAUCUGUCUUUAUUAUCACUAGAUAUACUAUCUGAGAUUUGCUGCUUUCCAAACUGAUUCGGCUGGAUAUAUGUAAUAGAUUUAUAGUUAAAGGGAUCGUUCACCCACAAGUGUAAUUUGUUGUCAUUUGCUCACCCUCAUGUUGUUCCAAACCUGUAUGUCAUUGUCAAGAUUGAGAUGUUUAUGCUUUAAUUUUAAGAAAUUUAAGUUGGUAUUAAUUUUACAGUUGCAAUCAAAAUUACUCAACCCCCUAUAGACUGCAGUACUUUACAAAUACAAGCUUUUUUAAAGAUCCAGGAUAAAAUCAAAAUUGUAUCUAUAACAGUUCACUGGCAUAUUAAAAGUGAUAUUGUCAAUAUAUAAUGUAAUACUUUUGAGUUAUAAGAUUUGUUAAUAAUACUGCUAUGUCAUAAUUAUUCAACCCCUAUUCAACAUUGCUGUUUUUAAAUCACUUAUUUGCAUGGUGGGGAAUAAAACAGUCUCAAAACACAAUUAAGCUUUUAGAAACUUAUUAAAAACAGAAUUAGCUUGAACCGUUACACAUACAGUUUGGCCUAUGCAUGUGUUGUAGUUGAGUAGUAAAAAUGUCAACAGAGAUCUCACAAAAGCUAAAGAGAAUAAAUAUCAUAGUACUUUAGAAAGGCUAAGGCUAUAUGAAGAUUUCCAAGACAUUGAAAGUUCCUAGAGACACAGCUCUCAGCCUUGUUUCUUAGCUUAAAGUGUGUUUUAUCAGAAAAUCUUUGAGGUUGUGGAAGAAAAAGCACAAUAACAUAAAAUGUUUAAUCAGAGCAACUGAGAAAAUUCUGCAAUGUUAAGCCAAAGACUUGCAAGAUGACCCAAUGAAAGGAGGGAAACCAUUUCAAUGUAAGAAGAACACUAGACAAGUAUUGCCUUUAUGUUGAGACAUCUUGUAGAAUACCACUCUUGAUCAAGAAGAACAAAGGACAACAUGAACUUGAUAAAAUUCAUUUGUGUAGACUUGUGGAGCUCUGGAGGAAUGUUAUAUGGAGUGAUGUGACCAAACUGGAACCUUUUGGACCCAUGGAUCAGCGGUAUGUCUGCUGCAAAAAGGCAAAGCUCAUAAGCAGAAGAACACCAUCUCCAUCCUCAAACUUGGAGGUGGAUCAGUCCUGUUAUGGGGUUUCUUUACUGUAGAAGGAAGUGGAAAUCAUGACGGUAUGAAGGACAUCAUGGAUUCUUUAAAGUGUCAGGCCAUUUUGACAAGAAUUGUGAUGCCUUUGGUGCAAAAACUGAAGCUGAUGAUCAAUGGACUUUCCUGCAGGCCAGUCAUACCAAAGUACACAUCCAAAUCUACUACUGCUUGGUUCAGGGAUCAGUCAUAGAAUGUACUUGAGUUACCUGUUCAGUCUCCAGGCUUAAUUCUCAUUUCAAAUAUCUGGUUGAAUUUGAAGAAAGCAGUGGCAAUGUGAAAACCAAAGAUGAUCAGUGAUCUGAAAGCUUUUUCAGGUGUGGAAUGGGCCAAAACUGUAGUAGAGAGGUGACAGAAAUUUUUUCUGCACAAAGGGGGUUGACUAAUUUUGAACAUGAAUGUUUAGAGCCAAUUUGAAUUUUAUCAUGAUUCAUCAAUGUUCCAUUCUCAGAAUCACUCAAAAGUGUAUUAACAAACUUUCUCUAAUACUUUACUGAUGUCUUUGUUAAAUUGAUUUCAUAAAAUUUUAUCCUCCACAGCAAAUUGUCUUGCAAGUCAAGGGGGUUGAAUAAUUUUGAUUGCAACUGUACCUCUGCAACCAGAUUGAGUGGGCUGAAUGAACUCAAGAACUGAAUCAGAAUGAACCAAUUCCUUAACAAUCCAACGAGAUUGCAUAUGUCACUGUUAUCAGUGAAUUACGACUUUUCACGAAAAGCUGUUCUAUGUCUUAAGACCUAAAGUGGUACAAAUAUCAUAUGGACCACUUUCAUGGUGCUUUUACAUCUGUGGAUGCACAAAAAAUGGGUUUGGAAUAACUUGAGGUGAGGGUAAGUGAUGACAUUUUAAUCUGAACUAUUUCUGGAAAGUUUAGGGUUAAGUCUUUUGUUUUAAUCCAAACACCAAACAUGGCCUUGAUGCUUUGUGAGACUUUACCAUUUGUGAGCAGGCUCAAAGUGCAACCUGAUACCUAACAAGAGGCCUUGGUCACUGCCACUCUGACAUUGUCUGCCUUUCUACACACGUUAUGAACACCUGCCCUCUGAGAUGAAGACCUAGUUAGAACUGUAUGCUUUUGCACUAGAAAAUAGUCACGUGAGACUGCACACACUGGUGUUUCUGCACAUACAGUAUUUCAUUUAAUAUGCUUCAGCUCUGUGACAAAAAAGCUGGAAAAACUGUCAUGGACCACAAGCUACACUGAUGUGAGUAUUGAAGGUAUAAAGCCCUUUGUCUGCUUCUGUAAAAUAACAACAAAAAAAUGCCAAAUUUCACUUGAACCAUAAAUAAUCAGUUUUAAUUUGUGCCAAUCAGUAUGAAUAAAUAUAUAGACUGGC